CACGUGUCCUCACCUUAUUCGUUAUCCCUUCAGGCCGUUUCGUCUUGAGUCGGCCAUUGCAGCUAUAAAACGAACCCUUGAUUCCCCCGAUUAUCCAUCUUCAAUUCAAUUAUUUUCUUCAUAAUCUGUCUCAAUUGCCUUCAAAUUUCUCGUUCAAGAUGCAGAUCUUUGUGAAAACUCUCACCGGAAAGACCAUCACCUUGGAGGUGGAAAGCUCCGACACCAUCGACAAUGUCAAGGCCAAGAUUCAAGAUAAGGAGGGAAUCCCCCCAGACCAGCAGAGGUUGAUCUUCGCCGGAAAGCAGUUGGAGGACGGUCGUACUCUAGCUGAUUACAACAUCCAGAAGGAGUCUACUCUCCACUUGGUGCUCCGUCUUCGCGGUGGUAUGCAGAUUUUUGUUAAGACCCUCACAGGGAAGACCAUUACUUUGGAGGUGGAAAGCUCAGAUACCAUAGACAACGUCAAGGCCAAGAUCCAGGAUAAGGAGGGCAUCCCCCCAGACCAGCAGAGGCUUAUAUUUGCCGGAAAGCAGCUAGAAGAUGGCCGUACCCUCGCGGACUACAACAUCCAGAAGGAGAGUACCCUUCACCUUGUCCUCCGUCUCCGUGGUGGUAUGCAGAUUUUUGUUAAGACCCUCACGGGAAAGACUAUUACCCUCGAGGUUGAGAGCUCCGACACCAUCGACAAUGUGAAGGCGAAAAUCCAGGACAAGGAGGGCAUCCCCCCAGACCAGCAGAGGCUUAUUUUUGCAGGAAAACAGUUGGAGGAUGGCCGCACCCUUGCUGACUAUAAUAUCCAGAAAGAAUCCACCCUUCACCUUGUCCUCCGUCUCCGUGGUGGUAUGCAGAUCUUUGUCAAGACCCUCACUGGGAAGACCAUUACCCUGGAGGUUGAGAGCUCCGACACCAUCGACAAUGUCAAAGCCAAGAUCCAGGACAAGGAGGGUAUUCCCCCAGAUCAGCAGAGGUUGAUUUUCGCUGGCAAGCAGCUCGAGGAUGGGCGUACCCUUGCUGACUACAACAUUCAGAAGGAAUCUACCCUUCACCUUGUCCUACGUCUCCGUGGUGGUAUGCAGAUUUUCGUCAAGACCCUCACGGGAAAGACCAUCACUCUCGAGGUGGAAAGCUCCGACACAAUUGACAAUGUGAAGGCUAAGAUUCAGGACAAGGAGGGAAUUCCACCAGACCAGCAGAGGUUGAUCUUUGCUGGUAAGCAGCUGGAGGAUGGAAGGACCUUGGCUGACUACAAUAUCCAGAAGGAGUCCACUCUGCACCUUGUCCUCCGUCUCCGUGGUGGUUUUUAAGAUGAUGCCUAUUUGUUGGUGGUUGUCGUGUUGGUUCUGUUUCGUCGCCCAUUGUGGUGGUUAUAUGUGUUUGCAAUGAUGGUCUCAAAAGGAUCAUCCAUGUCUUUUUAUGUUUCUGUUCCCUUGUGUUUCUUUUAUAUUUGAAUAAAGAUUGGUCUUUUAUUGGUG